AUGCCGCGAGGUUUUCUGGUGAAGAGGCACUACGGCGACGGCGGCUUCGAGGAGCCCCAGUAUCACCUGUUCUCCAGCACCCCACCGCCCUUGGACCUCUCCCUCAAGUCCGCCACCCCCAUAACUCCGCCGUCCACCCCCUCACCGGCCUCCCCCGUCAGGAAGCGGCCCACCGCCCCCGAGUCACCCACCCCCAAGACCAAAACCGUCCCCAAGAAGAACAAGGCGGUGCGCAGGCUCAACUUCGAUGAGGACAAGACAUCACCGGUAUCAGGCACCAUCAUACGGGAGCUGGGGGCGGACGAGGCGCCCCUUGUGGUCCGGAAAGGCGACAUCGACCCCGCGUUCAACGUUGUGGAGGUGACGGAGGAGGCCAAGGCGGAACUGGCCAAGAUAGAGAACCGUAUUGGCGCCUACAUCUGCCGCCUGUGUCGCGAGCUAUACGAGGACGCCUUCAGCCUGGCGCAGCACCGCUGCUCUCGCAUCGUGCACGUGGAGUACCGCUGUCCGGAGUGCGACAAGGUGUUCAACUGCCCGGCCAACCUAGCGAGCCACCGACGCUGGCACAAGCCGCGACCCGGCAGGGAGCAGGACGAGCAGGUCGGGCUCGACCUGGUCAAGCGUGAUACUGCAGAGGGGGGAGAAGACCCACAGUUCCCGUGUCCAGCGUGCCAGAAGCGGUUUCGGCGCCAGGCCUACCUGAGGAAGCACUUGGCCAGCCACCAGCAGGACGCUGCCACCGCCGCCGCGAUGCUUCACACUGCGCAUCACGUCGUCGUGCCAGCCGCCAACUGACACCCGCUGAUCCUGGCCCCCCCGUGGCCACCGCCCCCGCCCCCCUUUUGGCGUCUCGGACUGCUCUAGAGAGAUAUUUACCAAUAUCUAGUGAAAGAUGUUUCAUCCCGGGGAUAUUGCUACGUCUAGUACAUGAAGCAGUCUAUUCCAUUCACUUGGUACAGUGACAGAAUAUUUCCGCUCUAGACAGGUUGCUGCAUCUCGUGCCAUGUGUUGAGUUCCUUAGUGUAAAGCCCGGGCAAACCUGCCUGAAUCGACAAGUGAUGUGUGACAGCCGCCAGCCGAACAGUGUCGAACCUACAGAACAGUCUAGUCAGUCCUCUAGUCUAUUGUACACAUCUAGUCCUG